GCGGUUAGUUAGAGCAAUUCAUUCCUACACGAUGAUUCAGAAGCGCAUCGUUACCAAACUGAACAGAUUCCGGAAAACAUUGGUAAUAAUAAUCAGUCUCGGAUUAUCGUAAGUUAAAACAAUUUAAUCAGCCGAACCCACAAGAAAACGCCCGAUUAUAGCUCUACCUUUAGGACUCUUCACUCUCAGCUAUUCAACAUCACUUGAAUCUGGUAUUUCCUGUUCCCAUCCAUCCUUCUUUGAUUUCUGCAUCUGGGUCUUUUGGCUAUGGCGUUCCAAGUGCUUUCAGCCGCUCAAUUACGUCGGAAAUAGGUUGGGUGAUCCAUGGGAAAGCUGGCAAAAUUAUCACGUUAGUUGAUGCUGGGUAAGCGACCGCCGGCAUUGGCUACUUCAAUUUUAGACCCUCUGCUGUCAAUAGCAGGGAAGUAAAAUCCAUGGACUCUUUACGAGGGGUAAAGAAGAGGGGCCAUGGAAAUCGUUCUUGGAUAAAGAUUGAUCAGAAUGGGGACUCGGAGGUUUUGGAACUUGAGAAGGCUACAAUAAUGAGGCAUUGUUCUUUACCUUCAAGAGAUAUGCGACUUUUAGAUCCUCUCUUCCUUUGUCCGUCCACAAUACUAGGAAGGGAGAAGGCAAUCGUUGUCAGUCUCGAGCAAAUUCGGUGUAUAAUCACAUCUGAUGAGGUUAUUCUGAUGAACUCCUUAGAUGGAUGUGCUGCACAGUACAAGUCAGAACUAUGCAAGCGUCUCCAAGCAAAUAAAGAUCAAUCAGACGAUUUGCCCUUUGAAUUUAGGGCACUGGAGCUGGCAUUGGAACUUACUUGCUCGUUUCUUGACACACAGGUGAGGGAGAUGGAAAUGGAGAUAUACCCUCUGUUGGAUGAUUUAGCAUCUUCAAUAAACACCCUUAAUCUCGAAAGAGUUCGAAGAUUUAAAGGCAACCUUCUGACCUUGACUCAACAAGUGCAAAAGGUGCAUGACGAAAUUGAACAUCUGGUGGAUGAUGAUGGGGAUAUGGCUGAGAUGUAUCUAACAGAGAAGAAACAAAGGUUGGAGUCUAAUAUCCGAAGUAACUCGUAUCUCGAAACCAAUUACUUUGGGAAACAGCUACCGAAAUCGGCUCCCAUUUCGCCAGUGGGUUCUUCCAAUGGAACUCAUAAAUUACAGAGGGCUUUUAGCAGUAUUGUGAACUCAAGCAGCUUGAUGAGUUCAUCGAACAGCGGAGAUAACAUCGAACAAUUGGAGAUGCUGCUCGAAGCAUACUUUGUGGUCAUAGACGACAUGCUCAGUAAAUUGCUCUCGCUCAAAGAAUCUAUAGACGACACUGAAGAUCUGAUCAACAUUAAACUGGGCAACGUUCAGAACCAGCUGAUACAAUUUCAGUUGCUUUUUACUGCAGCUACAUUCUUGGCUACGAUGUUUGCAGCGUUAACAGCAGUUUUUGGCAUGAAUUUUGUCGACGAUGUCUUCGAGCAUCCAACUAGUUUCCAUUGGAUAGUUUACUUGACCUUGAUUGCCUGUGGUUUUGUGUAUGUCUCUUUUCUAUUAUAUUUUAGGUACAAGAAAAUCUUCCCAUUGUAAUUAAGCAGCAGAAAAUGGUACGUCAAUGUGUGUGUAAUGAUUUUUUCAGAGAAAAUAUCAUAUUUGUGUGGAAACUAAUUUGUUUUGGCAUGGGUUUUUGGGAUUA